GUGAAAGUAUUAUGCCAUUUUCAGUAUGAAAUCAUCGAAAUAAGCUAAAUGUGUUAGGGUUUUUCGCUCUGGCUUAUCGGAAUCAAUCGAAUUAUCGUGAAAGAGCAUGAAAAGGUUUUGUUAUUGUCCGUUCUCUUUGAUGUCGAAAAUGCGUUUGAGCGAAAAUGGCAACUAUUCAUGCAGUGUAGCAUUACUUUCUUUAGAAGUUCAAUCGCAUCACAGUAGCAGUUUAAUACGUCAGGAGAUCAUCAUCUCUCUAAUCAUUAUUUCACUAAAUUCAAUUUUUCUCUGAUCUAAUAAGUCAUUUUUAUCAUGAACAUUCCACUCUGAAUGAUUCCCGGUAUCGGAAAUCCAUAGAUUCGUGCCCGGAAAAUUUUCAAAUCAGGCUGAUUGUCAUUUUUAAUCCGGGUGAUCGAGUACGGAAUGAAAAACAAAUACAUGUAUUUUUUGGCUAAGAUCCAGAUAAUAUUGCUGUAGUUUGUUUUUUACAAAAUGUUAUUGUUUUAGCAAAAAAAAUGUUUAUCAUUGUUGAUUUUCUCUCUUUGUAAAUAGCCCUAAACCUGAUCAUGGCCGAAUACGCGUAUGCCAUUCCAGACCAAUUUGUUACUCUGCCACCACCAGAUCAUCUUCAGACUACAAUUUACAUCAAACGUGUCGAAAUAAGGGAAAACAUUGUUCAGCGGUUUUCAUACGAAAGAUUACAUAACAGCCUAUUAUUCGAUUAUCUUGUUCAAACACAGGGAUCCCAGUUCAUAGAUCGACUCUUGACGGUAUCAUUCAAGUCAAGUCGAAACGACGACUUCAACUACGCGCGUAAUAUUUUGCACAGAGGAGUGGAGUUUUGUGGAGAAAUGUUUUACUUUUUAGGCCAUUCGAAUAGUCAGUUAAAGGAGAAGACAUGUUAUCUUAUGCAGGGAUCUCAUAUUGAGAUCUACAACUUGUUAUCACAGUUUUAUGAGUUUUCAAAGAUUCCAAAAAUUGCUAAAAGAGCAAAAAGGAUUGGUUUGCUUUUCUCUGGCUUUAACAAAAGUAUCAGUUUACCCAUGAAUGAGACUGAAGACAUCGACGAUAUCGAGCACGACGGAUAUAACUUCACGGACGGCUGUGGGAUGAUGAGCGAUCAGCUUAGUAAAGAGAUCCAAAGAACACAUCGUCUAAGCCAUCAACCAACUGUUGUGCAAAUCCGUUACCAAGGUUACAAGGGGGUUUUACUUCACUGUCCGGAGUUACAGCAUGUGAAGGCACAAUUUCGAAAAUCAAUGAAGAAAUUCAAGAUCCCUUCUGAAGAGAUUCAACAGAGGUGCUCAACCUUGGGUGUGGUUGAGUAUUCAAAACCCUUCUCAAAUGCAUAUCUAAACACGCAGUUAGCCAUGGUUCUCGCAGACAAUCAGGACCGUUCUGGUAGGAGCUAUUUAUUGCAGUUACAACGACAGUUUUAUGAGAUGCUUAGAAACUUGCUACACGACGAAGAGUUGGCAAUUCACUAUCUCACGAUAACUGGACGUACUGAUCUAUUAGCUCGCCUUAGAAGAAAUGGAUUUUGGAAUCAUCGAGUACAAAAGGAUUUGGACAGAAUUCGCAAUGAUGAACUCAGAAAAAUGCUUAAAGACGACGAUUCAUCUUAUGGUUUUGAUGAGGAGGGUGGUCAAGAAAGGAGGAGGUCGAAGUUAAGAGUUCUUGUUCCUCGAGCAAGAGUAGUGUUUGGUGUUAGUGAUCCUUAUGGUGAGCUAGAAUAUGGUGAGGUUUUCUUUCUACCAAGUCUUCCAGAGACAGAGUUGGCCUCAUUCCAUAACGCCAGAAAAGUUGUUGUUGGGAGAAACCCCUGUUAUCACCCUGGUGACGUCAGAGUAUUAAAACUCGCCAAUGUUGAAGACAAGUUUAGAUAUGCUCAUAUAUUUGACUGCCUGGUGUUCCCUGUCAAAGGCAAACGGCCACACCCUCAUGAGUGCUCAGGAGGAGAUCUAGACGGGGACAAGUAUUUUAUCAGCUGGGACCAGCGACUUGUUCCUGACUGGGAAACAAACCCUUUCAAGUAUGAUGAGCAAGAAGACAUCGACGUUUCUGCUUUACUUGGGAAACUACUCAAGGAAAACCUGUGUUCAAUUUCGAAUAAACUUUCGUCGUUUGGAAGAGCGCAUGCCUCUUCUAUAUUUGGCACUGAGGAAGAAGCUGUUGAAAGACAAAAGAUCGAACAAAGAUACGAGAUGGAAAACUAUUUUUCAUGCUAUGAAAAUGACUUGGUGUGUCGUGUGAAUGCUAUCUUUAUGAGAUAUGCCCGAAGAUAUGGCCCAUCUUGUGACGUCUGUGUUGGUCUAAACAAGUACUUUUCGGAUGCUGUCGACAUGAAUGCCACUAAAUCCGAAGUUGAACGUGAGCUUCGAAGCCUGGAAAUCCACAUUCGACAAGAAGAACAAAGGGAGAGGAUAAUGGGGCCAAUCCAAGGUUACAUUGGUACUACAACGAGGCAAAGUGGAGGAAUCAUACGAGAAAGACAUCAAGAUGAAGAAGAGAGAAAGACAGGCAGCUGGCUUGGUCUUGCCGUAAAUAAUUUUCUCGGUUUCAAAGAAAAGAAAGCACCAUUUGUAAGAGGAGAUGAUGUCUGGACACAGAUGGAAGAAGACGCGGAAGUAUUCUUACAAGAAAUGCGGUCAUAUAUGAAGCCUUGAAGGUUUACCGAUCACGACUGCUGCAUCUUAGGAUAGAUCUUCGUCAUGAUAGAAGCGACAUAUAAACUGCCAUUGAAUCAUUGGUUGAAGGACUUUCUGUCGAUGGAGAAAAAUCAACAAACUUUCCAUGUCUAUUCGUUCACAUAAUUUGCUUUGUAAAUGCACAGUUUUUAAAACUUUUUUGAAUACUUCAUAUAUAAAUUCAAAUUCUAUUUUUUGACGUAUCCCUUCCAGUUUGUAAUGCUUUGUAAUUAGUAAGAAUAUCAUUGAUUUGUAAAUAAACCAUCUAUCAAUCUUACCUAAAUAUUAGUUGAAA